UCCCCAAUGACAUGACGACCUCGUAUUCAAAGAAUGAUAAUGGCGACCAUCCGAUAUGACCAAGGACAACGUACUGGUCAUCAUGGAAAAUUCCACUUUCUUGAGACACGAGUGGAUGAGUAACACGAAGGUUCUUCCAUUGUUUAAGACGAGUUAUUGACAUCUUUACGUCGGUACACUCACCAUUCCCCAAGGCGAUAGAUUAAGACAACAAUCGGACUCCAUUCAAGUGAACAAGGAGCCGAGCAUGGUUGUUCAUGUGGAGCACAAGGGUUAGUGCGACUUAUCAAACAGAACCACACGAAAUGGAUUCGCUGGUCAGUGGGGCCAAGUUCUUCAAGGUCAAGGAGGCGAAGGGGAUGAAGAUGAAGAGCGUGCUCCUGGGCAUCAGUAAGACUGACAUCAUCAAGAUGGACAAGAAGACCAAUGAGAUCCUAGAAACCUGGCCACUGGAGGACGUCAAGAGGUGGGCGGGGUCGUCCAAGAGCUUCGCCCUGGAUUUUGGCGAUGAGAAGUACACUGUGCGUACUCCAGAGGGUGAUGGUGAGCGCAUGUCCAGACUGGUGUCCAAGAACAAGCCGGCCACUCUCCCUAGGGCUAUGUCACCUCCCGACCCGAACAGCCCUAUGUGGAAGUCCAGCACCUUACCGCCGUCGAACGGCAGCAGCCCCGGGUGGAACACCCCACUACCGACCCCCAUGGUGCCGAAAAACCUGAUCAUCGACAGGUCACCAAGGAUGGUCGUGGAACCCUCUACUGUCCCCGCUCCUGCUACGGCCACCAUCAUCGAGAAGAAACCUGAACCGACGCGCAAGAGGCCGGCCCGUGAUCCUUCACCGGAACCUGAUAAGCAGUCUUCUACGGAAAGCAUUGACGUGUAUUCGCCACCUAAGUAUGAAACCGUGCAGUAUGAAACCAUAACGCAUGAAACAGUGCUGAACCAUGAGCCUCCCGUGAAGAAGGUAUCCAUAACUACUAAUACAAACAAGAAACAAGAGCCUAAAAAGAUCGUCAAGUAUGACAUUCAGAAGACCGAAGGAAAGGCCAUCAUCAACCUGCCUCCACCGGAGAAGAAGAAGAAGAAGCAGGAAACUAAAUACGAGUAUAUCGUCGAGCAGCACACCAAGGAAGUCCACUACGGCAUCGAGAAGAUAUCCGGAAAGUCCAUCAUCAACCUGGAUGCCCUGAAGCCCAAGAAGAAGGCGAAGAGGCCAAAGAAGAAACCCGACAGAUCCGACCCAGAUGAUGACAUCGACGAAAAACGACGACAGCUUCGUAAGAAUCUGGAACAACCCCAAGUCUCGCGCCAGGUCGUGAACGUGCCGGAUGAUAAAGACCUUAACAAGGACAACCUGGAACCAACGUUCACAGCUUUCUUCCGGCACCUUGGGGAGGGAGAACCCAUCACUCCCAUUGAAGAAGAAAAUGAGAUAGCUGAAGCUCCCGAGACUGAGCUUGAGCCGAUGGAGAAGGAGGAGCCAGAAGACAAGGUCAAGGAAAGAGUGGAGAAGGAGCACGUGGAUCCGGUCAAUGAAGAGUUCUUCAAGACGAUGAACGAAGUCUUUUUGAAGAGCAUUGAGAUGCCUACCAUAAAAAGGACCAUGGUCCCAAUUGUGCCCACUGUUGAGGAUGAGGCAGUAGAAGAGGACAUUGCCGUUGACGACGUCACGCUCAAUUUUUGUGCCUUCUUCCGGAAAUAUGGCGACCUUGAACCAGCCGAGGUUCCUGAAGUGGAACUGGACGAGAAAGAACCAACAGAGAUGCCGGAACUUGACGUUCCUGAGCUGGUCGUUGAAGACGAAAUCAUUCCAGAAAAGGUUGUGAACGAGAAGAAGAUCGAGCCAGAAAUCGUCUACCCUGUCUAUGACGAGUUCUUCAGGAGUUAUCCGGAGAUGAUACCUCCGAAGGAAGAGCCCGAAGAGAAAGUAGGGGCACCUGAAGAGACAGAAGGAGUGGCUGAAGAGAAAGAAGAACCGAAGCCACAGCUUCUACUGCGGCGCAAACAGGAAGAACCAGAGCAUGUUCAGACACGCCGUAUCUACGCAACUCCAGCGCCUGGUGCAGAUGGCGAGGAAGCCUCUCCAGCUCCAGAAGGAUUGUCUUCCAGCUCCAACAUCACCGUGACGACGAUGAAAAGUGUUCACACCAACAGUCUCCAAGGGCUGGACCCCCGACAGCGCAGGGUUGUUGUCCCCAACCCACCGGAGGACGACCCCCUCACCGACGCGAAGCUCCGUCUGGUGAAGGAAACACGGGAGUUUCACAGGUCUGCUACCAAGGUCGUCAUUAUAACCAAGACGUCAACAAGCAAAGUCACCAUUGUCUCAGCGUCGGAGAAGAUAUCAGAGAAAAUCGUCAGCAAGCUGAUCUCAGCUGAGCACUUCAGCAAGGCCGAAACCUUAGCUGAGUCUAAAGAGAAGGUAGAAGUGGCCGGGAUAGAGAUCAAGUCACUGGCUAAGGAGGUUUCCGCCCGUGCCAAGGGUGUUAACAACGAGGUGUCGGAGCUGGUGGUCGGCUACAGCGAGGAGCUGGAGGAGAUGUUGGAGGUCGCCAUCGAGUUCUGUGAGAUGUGUACGGACAAAGAGCAGAUGGAAUACGUACUGAAGCUGGUGAAAGAAGUGUGCAUUGCCGCCUCAACACUGUUGAACAACGCUCGUAAGCUCAUCGAGGAACCAGACAAACCAAGGCAUAAGAUCGACCUGGCAAUGUCAGCUAAGGGCGUUACCAACAACAUCAAUGACUUCCUGGAUGCUGUACUCAACUGGCCGAUAGAUAAAAAGUACGACGGCUUUGACGCCCAAGCACGAACAGAUCUGCCACAAGGUAUUGGCAGGCCGGACUUGAUGGAUACCCUCGGGCUGAAAGACAAAGACAGAAACAACGACACAAAUCUGCAGAGGCAGCUGCGUGACAAGGCCGAAGAUCUAGAGAACUACUGGAAAGACGGCGACCCCAACUACAAGGGCUACCAGUAUCCAACAUACAAGGACGAAAUCUAUGGAGGAGGCUCGGGCAACAGCGGGGGAAACGGUUCCAACAACAAGGACGGAAUCUAUGGAGGAGGCUCGGGGAACAGCGAGAAAAACGAUUCCACCAACAAGGACGGAAUCUAUGGAGGAGGUUCGGGGAACAGCGGGAAAAACGCGUACGAUUCCAACAAUAAGCCUAGGGGCACCGUGAUCUAAGCUAUAACAGGUUAUCUAUGAGACAAAUUGAGAGAAGUUGAAAGCACAAGUCGAUGUGAAGGGAUGCAUAUUUAAGUUAUUACAGGGCCUUCCAAUUUCCGACAAGUAUUUGUCAAACGGUCAGGUCUGUAUUGGUGUAUCACGAGGUUCGAUAUAUCCCCGAUGUGUAUGACUAAUGCCUUUUUAGCGUCUAUGUAUAUUCGUAUACGUACAGUAGUACUUCUUUUGAAGGGUAUGCUUUUUCGUGUACUUUUUAUCCUGUUCGUGCAGUUUGUUGUGAUUAUAUCGAUACCAUGUAUCCCAUAUCAAAGAGUUUGUAAAUACACAAGCCAGAACAAUACCAACAGAGACCUCAUUGUAACCGUCUUCCUUAUGAAGGAAAAUCCUUGUAACAGUUAUAAGAAACGGCGGGCAGUGCCGCACUGCGUUGUCAAUGUCACACAAUUAAAUAGGGGUGAAUGCUCGACAAAUCUGUAUCUCAAUAUUUACCAGUGGCAG